AUGGUGAAGGAAACGGAGUACUACGAUAUCCUCGGGGUCACUCCCUCUGCCUCCGAAGACCAAAUUCGCAAGGCCUAUUACCAUAAGGCAAUGCAAGUUCAUCCCGAUAAAAACCCGAACGAUCCUCACGCUGCCGAGAAGUUCCAGAUAUUAGGUGAAGCGUACCAAGUUUUGAGUGAUCCGGUGCAGAGGAAAGCGUACAAUCAAAAUGGGAAACAUUCUGUAUCAAGGGAAACUAUGCUUGACCCCAUGGCUGUCUUCGCCCUGCUAUUUGGAAGUGAAUUGUUUGAGGACUACAUAGGGCAUCUAGCUGUGGCAUCAAUGGCUUCUUCUGAGCUAGCUGAUGAAAGUGAGGAUCCUGAUAAACUGAAUGAGAAGUUAAAGGCUGUCCAAAAAGAAAGGGAAGAAAAGCUAGCAAGAAUUUUGAAAGAUUAUCUUGACCAAUAUGUCCGUGGUGACAAAAAGGGAUUCUUCCAACGGGCAGAAUCUGAAGCAAGACGGCUUUCUCGUGCAGCAUUUGGAGUAGAUAUGUUACAUACCAUCGGCUAUAUAUAUUCAAGACAGGCAGCACAAGAACUAGGGAAAAAGGCCAUUUAUCUUGGAGUGCCAUUUCUGGCUGAAUGGGUGCGCAAUAAAGGACAUUUCUGGAAAUCACAAUUCACAGCUGCUAAAGGUGCUUAUCAGUUAAUUCAGCUUCAAGAAGACAUCCGCAAGCAAUUUAAAAUGGAUGGUAGCAGUGGCCCUGAAAAUGAUGUUGACUCUCACAUUCGCCUCAAUAAAGAUACUUUGAUCAGUUCCUUGUGGAAGUUAAAUGUAGUGGACAUAGAAGUAACCCUUGUACACGUGUGUCAAAUGGUGCUAAAGGAAAAUAACAUUAAGAAAGAAGAACUUAAAGUUCGGGCUACUGCUCUUAAAAUUCUUGGGAAGAUAUUUCAGGACAAGUAUCCAAAAGGAGAAACAUUGAAGAAGAAGAUAGCUACUGAUUCUGAUGACGAGGGAAGCAGUUCUGAUUCUUCAGACGAUGAAUCGCCAAGAGCAAUUUCCUAUCGCACUCCAUUUUUCACGCAGGGUCUCGGUAGGCUCUUCAAAUGCCUCUGUAAUCCAGCAUUUGACGUGGAUGAUGAUGAAAUAGUUUACAAAAGCAAAUGA